GUUCGAGGCACACACGUUGUCAUUCAUAAUCAGAAGUUGUUUGGUUUACUUUUAUUUUGAAAGCUGAACCGACAAGUUCCUGCUAAAUGCUGGUUAAUUAUGGUUAGCUUGAUGCCGCUUAAAUGCCCAUUGCCUGUCCACUUUCCCUACUAAAAAUUGGAAUCAGGGGCCCUGAGUUUCUAUGUACAACCCUGUCACAUCUGUUAUUUCCACUCUCGAUCCACGUUUACAAAUAUUGAUUGAGCUACUCCCGAUUAACAAGUGCCAUUCACCUUUUAACAUAUCUUCAAAACCUGGAAAACAGGAUGUUUACAUUCCAGUAUAAUACGAUGUCAAGGAAAACUUAACUGAAUUUGCUGCAGCAACGGUUCAAACUUUUAUCAGGCAAGAACUCAGGGCAAAGUGCAUCGAAUAUCAGCUAUCAUCAAGAUAUGGGAGAUGCAGAUUAAGCAAUAAUCUCAUUCAGUGUUAUUAGUUCGGGGUUUAUGACCAAGACAGUGGUAUAAAGGGUAGCCUUUUGUUCCUGCUGUGUUCAUCACGGUUGUCUCAGGAUGUUCAAGUUAGUGAUACUGUUCCUGACACUGUCAGGCCUCCAAGCUGCCCCACUUGCAGUCCUGAGAAGUUCGCAGAAGACAUCUUCAACCUAUAAGCUCCCUGAUGGCUUUCACCUGGGCAUUGAACACUCCGACAUCGGUGAACCUGUUCAUAGGGGCUUCCGACAAGGUACAGAGCCCUCCAGGAGGUUCCUUGUUGACCUCAACACAGGCCUGGUGCAGGAACACAUCAGUGAGAUGGACAGGAGAGUGGGGGGAUUUGGAGAGAUGGAGAGAAGACACUGGCUGACAGACAAGGUCCCUGUUGAUGUUCCAGCCCAGAAGAAUGGUGGUGGUUGGGUCCGGGUGGAAGAACCUUCUGCUCCUCAUCUUCCAGAUGGUUUCAGACAGGGAACUGAACCCGUGAGGUCUAUUCCAGAUGGUUUCAGACAGGGAACCGAACCCAUGAGGUCUAUCCCAGAUGGUUUCAGACAGGGAACUGAACCCGUGAGGUCUAUCCCAAAUGGUUUCAGACAGGGAACCGAACCCGUGAGGUCUAUCCCAGAUGGUUUCAGACAGGGAACCGAACCCGUGAUGUCUAUCCCAGAUGGUUUCAGACAGGGAACCGAACCCAUGAGGUCUAUCCCAGAUGGUUUCAGACAGGGAACUGAACCUGUGAUGUCUAUCCCACAUGGUUUUAGACAGGGAACCGAACCUGUGAUGUCUAUCCCACAUGGUUUCAGACAGGGAACCAAACCCAUGAGGUCUAUCCCAGAUGCUUUCAGACAGGGAACCAAACCCAUGAGGUCUAUCCCAGAUGGUUUCAGACAGGGAACCAAACCCAUGAGGUCUAUCCCAGAUGGUUUCAGACAGGGAACAGAACCCGUGAUCUCUAUCCCAGAUGGUUUCAGACAGGGAACAGAACCCGUGAUCUCGAUCCCAGAUGGUUUCAGACAGGGAACAGAACCCGUGAUCUCGAUCCCAGAUGGUUUCAGACAGGGAACAGAACCCAUGAGGUCUAUCCCUGAUGGUUUCAGACAGGGAACCGAACCCAUGAGGUCUAUCCCAGAUGGUUUCAGACAGGGAACAGAACCUGUGAUGUCUAUCCCAGAUGGUUUCAGACAGGGAACAGAACCUGUGAUGACUAUCCCACAUGGUUUCAGACAGGGAACCGAACCCAUUCUUAUAAUUCCAUUGCGCUUGAGAGAGGGAAGUGAACGCUUUACCUCCAGGUUUCAAACAAAAAGAGUGGCUUGUAAGGGGGAGGUCAUCGAUGGAAAAUGCUAUGAGUUCAACCCAACGUUGCUGGCCUUUCAAGAUGCACAGGCUUUAUGCAGAGCUCUCGCCCCAAAUGCUGAGCUUGCAUCUGUAACCACUGGUGAUCUGCAUUCCCGCCUGGUUGCCCUGGCAACCAAGAAUGGCGAGAGCAACCCUGUGUUAACCUGGCUAGGAGGCAUAGUCAAGAACCAGCAGGCAUCAUGGGUAGACGGGUCGGAGUGGAGUUACAGCGACUGGAUGCCAGGUCACCCCAACAUUCACACUGAUAAACCUGUCUGUGUGGAGAUGUUUAAGAUAGACGAGAGCUGGUGGACGGCAGCCGACUGUGAACUGAAGAGAGCGUCCAUCUGCUCAUACCAGAUCACUGCAUGAAAACCACAAAGAAACACAGCAUAAGAGGGUGGCUCUUUUGAUUCAUUCUCUUAUGAAUCAAACGAAAACAAUCUUACAGACAAUAUCGUUUCCAUUAGUUUGGGCUACCGUUGUCUGCAUCGGUCUGUAUUUCCUUAAAUAAAACUUGGCAUUUUA